GCUCAUCGCUCACCGGCUGAAAACCGGCGGAAGUAACUCCAGGCUGACAGGCUGCACGUUUUGACAGGAAUUUCAUGGCCAUUGUUGGAUACCGGGUUUGAUUGGCUUUAAAGAAAAUUCAUGAAAUGGCCAAGAAUCGUAGAGAAGGACGAGAAGUCGACAGGGUUGCAUCAGAGAUGUUAAUAGAAGAAACGAAGACAAAAGACAGAGCUCUGAUUAAAGGCCCUGCAUGCACUGGAGGUGGCUCUGCCCGCAUGUCCUGCCUUAUCCUCCUAUUAAUCUUCUUGUGCGCUGCCUCUGUUAUGUAUUUGGUGUACAAAAACUUCCCAGAGCUGAGCGAUGAUGAAAUGGAUAAGAUUAAAAUCCCCAAAGACAUGGAUGAUGCCAAGGCCUUGGGAACAGUGCUGUCCAAAUACAAGGACACCUACUACACCCAGGUGUUGGUAGCGUAUUUUGCCACAUACAUUUUCCUCCAGACAUUUGCCAUCCCUGGCUCCAUCUUCCUCAGCAUCCUGUCAGGAUAUCUGUACCCCUUCCCCCUCGCCCUCUUCCUGGUCUGCCUGUGCUCUGGCCUGGGGGCCUCCUUCUGCUACCUGCUGUCCUACCUGGUGGGUCGGCCUGUUGUCUACCGGUACCUGACAGAGAGGGCCCAAAAAUGGUCACAACAGGUGGACAAGCACCGAGAACACCUGAUUAAUUACAUCAUCUUCCUGAGGAUCACCCCUUUCCUGCCCAACUGGUUUAUCAACAUCACUUCCCCUGUCAUCAAUGUUCCAUUGGGGGUCUUCUUCCUGGGCACUUUCUUGGGUGUGGCCCCUCCCUCCUUUGUGGCGAUAAAUGCAGGGACAACGCUAUACAGGCUGACCACCGCGGGAGAGGCGGUGUCCUGGAGCUCGCUGGGUGUGCUGGCCGUGCUUGCCAUCCUCUCCAUCCUGCCUGUCUGUUUCCAGAGGAAACUUCAGCAGAAACUGGAUUAGGCCUUCUUUACUUCCCCUGGGUUCCUGCUACCACCCCCCACCCCCAGGAAUGGAACAGGCCAAACCUACACACACCUGCUGAGGUUGCUGUGGAAACCCUCAACCCAACAGUCUGAAGCUCAGCUUUUCCGUGUCCAUGAGAUGGCUGAGCAGUCACUGCCAUCACACUGUUUAACAACAGAAAUGGGUUGGCCAACCCACAGGCUUCCUCAGUGAUGAGGCGUACCUUCUUUUUUUACUCCUCUGACAAGAUUUGUUUUCACUGCAUUUGCAAUGAUUGCAAAACCCAAAUAAAAAUCAACGACUGAAGAAAAUCAAAACCAGAAUUAAGCAGAAUGUUGUGAUUACUUACGGUGUGUUACAUGUGAGCAAUAGCUUUCAUAUGCGUCGUGAUUUUUAUUUUUUUUUUGCAGAUGAGUAGAUUCUUGCUCAAUGGAGAACGUGCCUCAGAAUAUGCGAUACACUUUACCUGGGUUAAAAAAAAAGAAAAAGGAAAAAGCUGAAACAAAAAGCCUGAAUUUCCCCAGAUAUGGGGGUAAGUUCUGCCUUGAAUUGAACACUCCCAGCCUCUGCCCAGCCACUCUCAGCCAGCCGUACAGACUGUUGGGGGCAGAUGAACUGCAUGAAGUCCUGCUGACAGAUGACCAGGUUCUUCUUAUAACAUGGAUUUUUCAGCAUGAGGCUACUGAAGCAAGUGUCUUAAGCGAUUGUGGUGUUGAUGUUCUGCUUCUAUGGCAGUGUGUCAGUCACGGUCAUAAGUCCUGAUCACUGUGUGAGCCCAAGAAGAAGCAAAGAUCUGUGCGAUGGAUCUCCUUCUAUCACUGUUUUUCAUAAUGCUAUCAACUAACUUAGUGUAAAUGGCAUGGGUUUGUCCCUGCUCCCUCCCUGGAUCAUUUGCACUGCUACCAAUACACAAUCCUUUUAAUGUUUGCUUUUAAUGUUAGUCUCCAUCCAAUAUGAAUGUUUGCUAUUGAUUUCAAUUUGUGUUGCCUUAUGCCAUGAGAAGUUACUGGAACUUUUGUUUGAAACCAAAGUGGAUUUUUUGUGUAGCAAAGACCGAUUAUUCUGCAACUUUUCAUCAGUUUUUCUUUCAAAUCAAAGAAAACUGCAGGAUUAAUUUAGUGGAGUAUGCGCUUGGUCUGUUUUCUCAACCUGAUUUGCCAGUACUGUAUCUUAUGCAGCCAAGGUAGAUCAUUACUCCAACCUCAUCUUCCUACUGCCUGUACGCUUACACAGCUGGAAAGAUGUGGCAGGUUAAGCUGCAGGGAAAAGUCUGUAUUGAUUAACUGCACGGAAAUUGUAAUCUAAAAUAAGGUGAUUUAUAUGUCAGUACUUGAAAUGACAAUGUCUUAUUGAUUCCUUUAAACAUUGCAUUCAGUGGAAGAGAUAAGUACAUUUUUGGAUAUAUAACCUUUAAGUCUACAAUUAAAAAAUGAGGUAACUCUAAACAAUAACUUGAUAGUAACCCUUACUAAUAUCAGUUAAUCAUUUUGGCAACCUCAGUGUAAGUGCUUCAUAUUUAUGGUCCAGGACUAAGGUCCUCUGCGAGUGCACAAUGCUCUCACAUUGUUGCUGUAAUGCUGUAGGAAUGAUCUCGCAUUGCUCCAGUGUUGCCAAGAACAUCAAAAUAUCUGGGAAUCAGGUGACCUGUAGGGAAAGAGCACUGGGAAAUUGAGGCUGUAAUGCCUUUUAAUAUCUUUUGACCUUGCCAUCUUAAAUAUUGCACUGUAAAAUAUACCAUUAUUGGACAAUAAAAAUGCUGUGGAUGAAAGUGCAGAUACAACACUGGCUGAUUAAAAUGGACCAUUAAUGUGUGUAGAUCUGAAUAUGCGUAUUUUUCAUUCACUUUUUUUAUAGAAAGCAGACAGUACACUCUAAUUUUGUAUGCUUAUCUACAUUCAGACAGGGAAAAUGCAGAGGUAGCAAUAGAUAGAGAAGAGAUCACAGUUCUGAAGGUGCCAUAGCAGGGGAUCAAAUCCCCAUCUCAUCAUUAAUGUGCGUAUUGAACGUACGUAUGGACAUGAAUCCAUCUUUUAGGAGAUGUGGCCUUGUCUUCACUGUCUGCUGCAUCUGUGGAUGAUUGCUUCUUUUGCCACCUCUGAACAGUGACUGUAAUGUUGUUACUUUUGUCUGAUCUGUUAGCACUGAAGGAGGUGAACGGAUAAGGUCUGUCUUAUUAAAGGGGAGUGGCCAUUUUCCUCAUUGGAGCAGAUUACGGCAUGUAUCGGCAUUUAUUGGACCUGUUUUUAUGCUGCCACAGUGUUAAAUGGGACACACAAACAGAAAUUGUAUUGAAGCAUGAUCUAUAUUUAUAAAUGUGUUUCUUUAACCUAUUUCAAUCUUAAUGAAAAAACAUUUGUUAUUCAGAUAUUUAUUAGAAAUAAGUUGAUGAUAAUAAAUUAUAUAUAAAGGAUG